CAAAAUGGCGGUAUCCUUGUGGCAAUAGAAACAACGUGAUAGAUUAACACGUUUAACAGAGAAAACAAAUAAAGAAAACACGUUCUGCACAAGGAGGAAACACUUCAGCUAAUAUUCUCCGAACCUCUGGUCAUUAGGAUGGCUUCGUUUAAACCUACUAAAGUUCAAACUUAUCCAAAGUUGGGAGAGAAGGUGACUGAAGAUGCACUCUACUGGAAAAACUACAAGGCUCCUGUGCAGAUAAAAGAGUUUGGUGCUGUUACCAGAAUUGAGUUUUCUCCACUGCCACCUCAUAAUUAUGUAGUUACAGCCUCUACCAGAAUCCAGGUGUAUGGACCUCACUCUCAGGAGCCCCUACGGAGCUUCACCCGUUUCCGGGAUACAGCAUAUGGUGGAAGUUUCCGUAGUGAUGGAAAGCUGCUGGUGGCAGGAAGUGAAGAAGGGAUCAUAAGACUCUUCGACAUUAGUGGCCGAGUGGCUCUCAGGCAGUUCGCGGGUCACUCCAAGGCAGUGCAUGUUGCAUCAUUCCUGUCUGAUGGCUUUCGGGUAGUGUCAGGGUCUGAUGACCUUUCGUGUCGCAUGUGGGACGUAGCCAGUAGUACAGAACUGAGCUCUUAUACUGAACACACCGACUACAUUAGAGCUGCAGCUAUCAGCAGGCUCAACCCAGACCUCUUCAUUACCGGUUCAUAUGACCACACGGUAAAAGUGUUCGAUGCGCGUUUAGGGGGUAGUGUAAUGACCCUGCAACAUGGUCAUCCUGUGGAGAGUGUACUGCUUUACCCUUCAGAGGCACUGCUAGUAUCCACAGGAGGGCGGUAUGUAAAAGUUUGGGACCUGCUGAAGGGAGGCCAGCAGCUCGUCUCUCUGAAGAAUCAUCACAAAACGGUCACAUGUGCAUGUCUGAGCACCACAGACAACAGACUGCUCACAGGCUCACUGGACAGGCAUGUGAAAGUCUAUAAUUCCUCCUACAAAGUUGUUCAUAGCUUUGACUAUGCUGCGUCCAUCCUAAGCCUGGCAGUUGCACCUGAGGAUGAAGUGGUGGCUGUGGGGAUGACCAAUGGCGUGCUGAGUGUCAGACACAGGAAACAUUCAGAAGACAAACAGGAAACGGUUGGCAGAAAGAGACGAGGUCCAGCAUAUCGCAUGUUUGUCAAGGGGAAAAAUUAUGUCCCUAAACAGGAUGACUUCGUAGUCAGUAAAACAAUCAAACAGCAUCUACAGAAAUAUGACAAACAGCUGAAGAGUUUCCAAGUGUCUAAAGCACUAGACACAGCACUGCAGACAUGGAAGCGCUUCAGUAAGCCAGACGUGACCAUAGCAGUGAUGAUGGAGCUGAACCGCAGGGGAACACUGAGGAACGCUCUAGCAGGUCGAGAUGAGAAGAGUUUAACCACGCUUCUCCAAUUCCUCCUCAAGCAUAUCACUGAUUCACGGUUCUCUCGCCUUCUAAUGAUGGUGGCAGACAUAAUCAUCGAACUGUAUUACCAGGUCAUCCCCCAGGCUCCUAUAGUGGAGCGGCUGUUACAGCGUCUGAUGGAGGUUCUGGGGCGUGAAGCAGAGCUUCAGCAGGAGCUCCUGCAGGUCCUGGGUGUUCUGGACACACUCUUUGCUUCUCUGACCCCCAGGAAGGAGGUGAUGGGCCCCACAGCCACCCCCAUCAUGCAGGAAUCACAGUUACAGGCUGCCUGACAUGGACCAUUAGCCUUGAUUUGGUUAAAGCAUCUGAAUGAGGCAGUACUGAACUAAAGUGAAGCAAUGAAGCCACCUGGCCUGCAUACAGAUUGUGACUUGGAGUUCAAGGCCAGACUUGGCCCAUGUGGCUAAAUAUUAGAACAUUGUCAGUAAACAAUUACUGUGCUUGUUCAGUAUUUUAAUUAUAUUUUCAGAAUGUCAACCUGUAUUUUGUAUGUCCAUAUAGAACAAGAGUUGUUAUGAAUCAUGAUGCCUGGUUGUGAUUUUGUCUUUACUUACAGAAUGUAUUCCACCUCAGUAUGUAAGACACUUUGUCUCGCAGAGUUUGUGUGUAAUAGUUGUUAUACAGUUAUGGCGAAGUUUAGAUUUAAUAUGUUCUGUGGAAGCAUAUGGACAAGAAGCUGGACUGGCAGUCUUGGGUGUUUUAAUACUUUUCCCAAACAUUGUACAAUAUCAUAGUAAAGUGUCCCUCUUAGCAUUUACACUGAAAUUGAAAAUUGUUUUAGUAUUGCACUGCUUUGGGGUAAAUUGGAUAAAUGCCUUUUAAUGUUCAUUAAGGGUUAUACUCACUUUUCAUAGCAUGUGUCCCAUGUUACACAAUAUUGUAAAUUAUAUAUUAAGUUUUGUAAAA